UAUUGUUUCUUUUUUUCAUCAGGAUGGAUGAAGGCAGGCAACCACUUUGGAGGAAGUUACCGAUAUCUUCAAGCAAGAUAAAUCCAUACAGAAUGAUCAUUUUACUCCGACUUGCAAUUCUUGGAUUAUUUUUUGACUAUAGAAUUCGCCACCCUGUCCAUGAUGCAUAUGGAUUGUGGCUUACCUCGAUUAUUUGCGAAAUAUGGUUCGCAGUGUCCUGGAUAUUUGAUCAGUUCCCAAAAUGGUUCCCAAUCGAGCGAGAAACAUACCUAGAUAGAUUAUCGCUGAGGUAUGAGAAAGAGGGGAAGCCAUCGGAGUUAGCUCCUAUAGACGUGUUUGUUAGUACUGUUGAUCCAUUGAAAGAACCUCCACUUAUCACUGCAAACACAGUUCUGUCCAUCCUUGCUGUGGAUUAUCCGGUUGACAAGGUUGCUUGCUAUGUAUCAGAUGAUGGUGCUGCCAUGCUCACUUUUGAAGCGCUCUCUGAGACAUCUGAAUUUGCAAGGAAGUGGGUGCCAUUCGUCAAGAAGUUCAAUAUUGAGCCUCGUGCCCCGGAGUGGUAUUUUGCUCAAAAGGUUGACUAUCUUAGAGACAAAGUGCAUCCUACAUUUGUGAGGGAACGGCGUGCAAUUAAGAGGGAAUACGAAGAAUUUAAAGUUCGGAUAAAUGGGUUGGUUUCCAUGGCACAGAAGGUUCCCGAGGAGGGUUGGACAAUGCAGGAUGGGACUCCAUGGCCAGGGAACAAUGUCAGAGAUCAUCCUGGAAUGAUCCAGGUGUUCCUGGGUCAAAAUGGUGUCCGUGAUGUUGAAGGAAAUGAGUUGCCUCAACUCAUUUAUGUUUCUCGUGAGAAGAGGCCAGGAUUUGAUCACCACAAAAAAGCCGGUGCAAUGAAUUCCCUGAUGCGAGUCUCGGCAGUCAUCUCAAAUGCUCCUUACCUACUGAACGUCGAUUGUGAUCACUAUAUAAACAACAGUAAGGCACUCCGUGAAGCUAUGUGUUUCAUGAUGGAUCCCACCUCUGGAAAGAAAAUAUGCUACGUGCAGUUUCCUCAAAGGUUUGAUGGGAUUGAUCGUCACGAUAGAUACUCGAAUCGCAAUGUUGUGUUCUUUGAUAUCAAUAUGAAAGGACUGGAUGGGAUCCAGGGACCAAUUUAUGUCGGAACGGGUUGUGUCUUCAGGAGGCAAGCACUCUACGGCUAUGAUGCCCCGAUCAAGAAGAAACCCCCGGGGAAGACGUGCAAUUGUUUGCCUAAAUGGUGUUGCUGCUGUUGUGGAUCUAAAAAGAAAAGUAAGAAAGGGAAAUCAAAGGAGAGUAAGAAGAAGACAAAGAGCAGGGAGGCAUUGACACAAAUACAUGCACUUGAAAAUAUUGAGGAAGGAAUUGAAGGAAUAGAAAAUGAGAAAUCAUCCCUCAUUCCCCAAAUAAAAUUUGAGAAAAAGUUUGGACAGUCACCGGUUUUCAUUGCUUCAACGCUGUUAGACGACGGUGGAGUUCCAACAGGAGCAACUUCUGCGUCACUCUUGAAAGAAGCCAUUCAUGUCAUUAGCUGUGGUUACGAGGAUAAAACCGAGUGGGGAAAAGAGGUUGGGUGGAUUUAUGGCUCAGUUACUGAGGAUAUUUUGACUGGCUUCAAGAUGCAUUGCCAUGGUUGGCGAUCAGUGUACUGCAUGCCCAAAAGGCCUGCAUUCAAGGGGUCAGCUCCCAUUCUUAUCUUUGUCUUCUCCAAUCUUCAAUCCUUCAACACAACCCUCCUCCUCUCUUAUCUCCGCAACUUCCGCCUUCUUUUCCGUAUCACCGCCGCCCUUCUUAGCUACACAUUCCUUGAUCGCCACCACCAUAUCGAACGAUUCGCCACCAUUUGGCCACAAAUCAUCAUCUGUAGAUGAAAUUGAGGCAGCAUG